CUUAAUGAGCACCCACAAUUCACAAAAGCAGCAUCGAGCUCAAGCCAACUCCUCACCAAACCAACAACCAAACCGAACCAAAACCAUGUCACCGAUAACCACCACUUACACGGCAACUCCGUCGCAAUUUCCCUCCCUUCACCGCUAAACUAAACACUGCCGCCAAUUAGUCGGCUAACUAUAAUUCCCACAUCAAAUUAAGCCUUAUUCAAAACAAAAUGUCAUUGAGGACAUUUAUCAAACACUUUCCCUCCACAUUUAACCACCGCUCAUAUUCCUUCACCCCAACUCAUCAAGACCCGUAUUCUCUUCUCAAACAAGACCCGAUUGAAAUCUGCACUUCAAUUUGGGUCAAAUCAUUUUCUUCCCCGCCAAACACAACUUUCCCCAACCUCACCGGUUUCCUCUCAAAACUCGACCUCUGGGUUCUCGCUUAUCAGCGGAGCUCCGCUCACGUCACCGGAACUUUCCCGCCACGUAAUGCUCUCCAAACCCACACUCUUCAUUCUCUUAUCUCCCUCCAAAACGCCGUCGUUCAUAACCGUUUUAAAUGGAACGACAAGAUGAAUCAAUUCAUCUUGAGUCCAAACGACAAGUCGUUUAGGAAAAUUGUUUCCAAUACGAAGCUUAAGGCAAUGGUGAACUCUAGUGAUCAAUGUUUUCAGGACAGGGUAGUUCAGGAGGUGUUGUUGAUGGUGGUGGAGCCGUUUUUCGAAGCGCGGUUUUCGAGUAAGUCUCACGGGUUUCGGCCUGGGAGGAAUGCACACAGUGUUAUUAGGACUAUCAGGAGUAAUUUUGCUGGUUAUUUAUGGUUUUUGAAGGGUGAUUUGAGUGAGAUUUUUGAUGGUGUUGAUGGUUAUAUUGUUAUGGAAUGUGUUGAAAAGGUUGUUAAAGAUAAAAAAGUUUUGAACUUGAUUAGAAAUGCACUUGAAGAAUCAGUCAUAAAUCGAGAGUUAAAGAAUAAGAGUGGUAGUUGUGAAGAGUUGAGAAAGAAGAGGAAAAAGAAAGCUACAAAGAAGAAGAUUUUGAAUGAAAAUGAGCCGAAACCUGACCCGUAUUGGUUAAGGACUUUUUUCGAUUUUGGUCCUGAGGAGGCGAUGAAGAUACCCGAGUAUGGUUAUUGUGGGAUUAUAAGUCCAUUGCUUGCUAAUGUUUGUCUAAAUGAAUUGGAUAAAAUGAUGGAAGAAAAGAUAGUUCAAUUCUUUAGGCCAAACAAUAGUGAUUCGAUUUGGAGAAAUUCGAUCAAUGAUGGGUGUCAUAACCCUUCUUGGCCGGAGUUUGUUCCGUCUAGUGGUAACGAGAAGACCAGGAAAAUGGAUUACAUUCGUUACGGAGGUCAUUUUUUGAUCGGUAUUCGAGGGCCAAGAGAGGAUGCUGUGCAAGUUCGGAGAGAAAUUAUUGAGUUUUGUGAAAGUAAAUUAGGGAUCAGAUUGGACAACUCUAAGAUUGAGAUUGAGCACAUAACAAGAGGGAUUCAGUUUCUAGAUCAUAUAAUAUGUCGUAGAGUUAUAUACCCGACGCUUCAUUAUACUGCAAGUGGUGGAAAAAUUGUUAGUGAAAAGGGCGUAGGGACUUUGCUUUCGGUUACUGCUAGCUUACAACAAUGCAUUCGUCAAUUUCGACGACUUUCCUUUGUCAAAGGCGAUAAAGAUCCAGAGCCCUUGCCUUGCAAUCCAAUGCUUUAUUCAAGUCAAUCUCACAGUAAUGCGCAAAUGAACAAAUUUCUUGAGACUAUGGCGGACUGGUAUAGAUAUGCCGAUAAUCGAAAGAAAGUUGUUGGAUUUUGUGCAUACGUGAUACGGAGUUCCUUGGCUAAACUUUAUGCUGCUCGGUAUAGACUAAAAUCGCGUGCUAAGGUGUAUAAGAUUGCUUCGCGUAAUCUGAGUAAACCUCUUAGGGAGAGUAGUAAUAAUUCUGCUCCUGAGUAUUCUGAUCUUUUAAGAAUGGGACUUGUCGAGGCAAUUGAAGGAGUUCAAUUCUCCCAUAUGUCUUUGAUUCCCUCGUGUGAUUAUACUCCAUUUCCGAGGAAUUGGAUUCCGGAUCAUGAACGGGUUUUGCAUGAGUAUAUUAAACUAGAAAAUCCGAAAUUCUUUUGUGACUUGCAUAAAUCUAUAAAACGUCAAGGUUUGAUGUUGCCUCAGGAUGAAGUAUCUGAGAUUGUUUGGGAUUACAAGACUUUUGGAAUACGGAGAUAUCAAUUUAGUGGUAAUAAUGUAGAUGAGACUUCAUGUUCUGCUGUAGAAGUUGUAACUUGAUGUUUUGGAUGCGCAUUUGUAACAGAGGAACAGAGCAAUGUUCAUCAUCAUUACGCGCUAUGUUGUAUGGAGACUGAAACGCUGAAAUAGAAAACGGCAGAAUUACAUUUUUUAAGGAACGGGUUAUAACAAUAAAAGUUGGAGUUUCAGAAGCGUUUUCAAAAGCGGAAAUGAAAUGUCAAAAAUGUAUAAUUCGUCAAGUUGAGUUUCCUUACAGUAUAGGAUACAAGUUAAAAGGUGCAGUUCUCGGAUACUUUCAUAUUAUUCGUAGCAGUAAAUUAAUAAGGAUGUUUCAGAGCUGUGUUAACUAAAAAUAAUGGCUAUGCUGAACCAAUG